AUGGAAAACUGCCACCCCGAGAUUGAAUGGGAUAGAUCAGUCAACAAAUUCCUCCUCGAUGACGCCAAACUCGCCCAAACUUUUUUACAAUUGAUCCCUAAAUCCAGCGCCAUGGGCACGCCCUUCCCGAAUAUAAAUGUCGUUUGCAUGUGGUUCCCCAAUUUCAAUGCGCACUCGCCCCACCAGAGUGGUUCUGACAUUGUUGCACCAACCAACGCUGGCGCGUUGGAUAUUCGCCCCCGCCGGGUGCAAUUCCAUGACGACGUUCGCACUCUCUCGCCGCGCAUCCUCGACCACGCGACCGACGCUCGGCAGCGACCUGCCGACCAAGAAGAUGCCAUCUCCAAACCGCAAGAUAGCAAGCACGGCAUUGUCGCUGCAUCUCAAAACGUUUGCCGCGCGCUUCGGCGCCCCACUUGA